UCAAUUUUUUGCCUGUCUUAAGGAACUACGGCCAAUACUAGACCGCUACGUCCUCUUCAAAUGCUCUGGCACCAAAAACGAUCUGAAAGAAUUCUCGACGGAUACACCCAAUUUCUGUUAUGCAUCAUUUGAUACUCCCGUUACCCUUACCGAUACGUGGUCCACUACCGCUAUUUAAAACUUUGGUUGACCCCCUCUCUUUUAUCUUCCAUAUAUAAGGGACAAUUUUUUUGAGCUAUAUAUGGAGGAUGUGGGUUUGAGAGGGAUUAGUGUCCCAUGGAAUGGAGGGAAGAAGUUGUAGUAACCGAUUCGUCCUUUGGUUGUUGUUACUCACUCUCUGGACUUACGCUGCAUUCUAUGUCCAGUACUUAUACCCCCGGUCCGUUCGCAAGGAUGACAACGAAGCUUUUCUUGACCAUGCAAGAAUUGGCAAACCAGAUGAUCAUGGAAACAACUUUGAAUCCGAAGAGAACAAUGAAAAUUUUCUUCGGAUUGCUAGAAGGGGAAGAAAUAGUACUACUUAUGGAUUGAUUCUGGGUCCGUUUGGUUCCACAGAGGACAGGAUUUUGGACAAGAGAUCGACGGGAAGUUGCGACAAGAGGGGGUGGUUUGCGAGAAUUGUUUGGUCGCGGAAGUUUGUGUUGGUAUUCCAUGAGCUUACCAUGACCGGAGCUCCGCUUUCGAUGAUGGAGUUGGCGACCGAGCUUUUGAGCUGUGAGGCCAUCGUUUCUGUAGUUGUCCUUAGCAAAAAGGGCGGGUUGAUGCCGGAGCUUGUGAGGAGAAAGAUCAAAAUUGUCGAAGAUAACGCGAUUGUCAGCUUCAAAACUGCCGCGAAGGCCGAUCUUGUCAUUGCUGGAUCAGCGGUCUGCUCUUCUUGGAUUGAACAAUAUACCGCCUACUUCCCGGGUGCCUCGAGCCAAAAUAUUGCGUGGUGGAUAAUGGAGAGCCAAAGGGAAUACUUUGAAACGGCCAAACAUGUUCUAAACAGGGUGAGAAUGCUGAUAUUUCUCACUCAAUCACAGUCCCAACAGUGGCUAACUUGGUGCGCAGAAGAAAACGUCGACCUCAAACCUACUAAUCUCUCAGUUGUUCCCCUUUCUGUGAACGACGACCUGGCUUUUGUAGCGGGGAUUCCUUGUUCGUUAAACACUCCGUCUUCAGGCCCUGAAACUAUGCUUGAGAAGAGGAAGGUGUUGAGAAAUGCAGUUAGGGAAGAGAUGGGUUUGAAAGAUAGUGAUGUGGUUGUAAUGUCUUUGAGUAGCAUCAACGGUGGAAAAGGCCAACUUUUGCUUCUUGAAGCUGCUCAAAUGGUGGUUGAAAAAGAACUUUCUGGCAAAGCCAACGUAAGAACAGAGGAACUUUCUCAGAGCGAACGAGUACUGCAAGAACAAACACUCAAAGUCCUUAUCGGUUCGGUCGGGUCUAAGAGCAAUGAGUUGCCUUACGUAAAAGCCAUGCUCAGCUUUAUAUAUCAGCAUCCAAACCUAUCAAAUUCAGUGUUGUGGACUCCGGCAACUACCCGUGUUGCCUCGCUUUACUCUGCCGCGGAUGUGUAUGUCACCAAUUCCCAGGGGAUUGGAGAAACAUUUGGGAGAGUGACGAUUGAAGCAAUGGCAUUCGGUUUACCGGUCUUAGGAACGGCUGCUGGGGGCACAAAGAAUAUUGUUGAACAUAACAAAACAGGUCUACUCCACCCUUUGGGGCACCUAGGAGCUCAAGUUCUCUCUGCAAAUCUUCAAUUUAUUUUUAAAAACCCUUUAGCACGGCAGGAGAUGGGGAUGAGGGGAAGAGAAAAGGUAGAGAAGAUGUACCUGAAACGGCAUAUGUACAAAGAAUUCGCAGGGGUUCUAUCCAGAUGCAUGGACAAAAUCUAAGUAGUUAUAUUAACUCCUCUGAAGAAUGGAUACCAUACAGGAUACGAUACAAUAUUACAGAUACAGCGAUACGAGAAAAUCUAAAAGGUAUGCAAAUACGGUUAGAAUACAUUAGACAAACAAGUAGUUUUGUAAUUUUUUCAUACAGCAAUACACACAAUUAGAAGAAAGAUAAAGACUCACCUGGCCACUAGAAAGGACUAGUUGUGAAAAGAGAGAUGAGAUGGAUAAAUGUAAAACCAUUCAUGGGUUGAUCGAGUUUUUAGAGCUUCCAUUUUCUCUUGUUUGUGCUGUUCAAUGUGCACUUAGUAUAUGAUAUGAUAAUUUGCGUUUUAAGAUGGAAGGACACAAACUAGAACAUCAAUAUCAAUCUGAAAAUUGUGCUGUA